AAGCUGGCGGAGAAGUAUCCGGAGAUCAACUGCGAGAGCUAUGGCUUCGGGGAGGAACGUAGAUUGCAUCUCUUCAAGUCCUCAGCAUCUCUGAAAGCCGGCCUGGCAAAGGAAGGUUCGAGGGAAGGGGCGCGAGCGGAGUGUGCUUCGGAUCAGUCAACAGCCGUUUCAGGAGCAACUUCACCCGACUCUGCAGAGGACGCUUCUGGCGGUGUCUUUGAGGACGUCGCGGCACUGCCCUCGAAUCUUUACCAGGUGAGGAACACUUUCAUCCACAUCGAGGAGCAGGGAGUGGCAGAUCAGCGCAACAUCCAGUCCAUGCCUCACGGCAUGUUCCGGCAGCGCCUGCAAGAAGAGGCCGUGCAAUAUGCGACACACCGCGUCGCAGGCCCGGUUCCGGAGUCAACUGCCACUGCGACACCUUCCAUUCCGGAGGUCCCAGAGGUCACGAAGGCCAGCGACUGCGCAGCGCUCGCUUCUCGGGCGGCCGUCCCUGUGCCAG